AUGCCUUUGGGCAAGGCAAGGCUGCCCAAAGGGAAGGUCAUUUUCGUCAUGAUCGACGGCGUCGGCGAUGUUUCUGUGGCCCAGCUGCACGGGCUGACGCCCCUGGAGGCAGCGAAGACACCGUACCUGGAUGCUCUCGCAGCCUCCGGUUUCACAGGUUUGUUGGACCCUGUUGAGCCUGGUUUAGCGUGCGGCAGUGACACAGCCCACAUGUCCAUUUUCGGCUACGAGCCCAGGCGGCUGUACCGUGGUCGUGGAGCAUUGGAGAGCAUGGGUGCCGGCCUGGAAAUGUCACCUGGAGACAUUGCAUUCAAAUGCAAUUUUGCUUGCUUGAAUAAGGACACAGGAAUCGUAGAGAGGCGACGAGCAGACAGAAACUUCGAGAGCAUUGGACCUCAGCUGUGUGCGGAUCUCAAUGGCAUCAAGCUUCCGUCGUUUCCGUGCCAUGAGAUCUGUGUGAAAUAUGCCACCGAACAUAGAUGCGGAUUGGUGGUCCAUGGCUGUGGGUUGACUGACGCCAUUACUGGCACCGAUCCACUAAAGGACAAUCUGCCUCUGCUGCAAUCAGCUCCAACAGAUGGCAGCAAAGAGGAUCGCAUCAUCUGGUUUGAACCACGUCCUUCGGCCAGGUUGAGGAGACAGUCCCUGAGAUGGUGGCUGUGCCGGUCAGGCCGUGUAUACAGCAGCACUGGUAAAUGA